AAGAAGACUCUCCUACGGUUGCACCAGAUCCAUCAAUAAUAACAUCCGCUUUACACCAAAACCAUACCGACCGCCCUAAUACAUACCGAAUUUUCGUGAACACUUGUAUUUUACAAUGUCUCCUGGCGUGCUCGCUAUGGAGCCUAACUUCACAAUCACUCCAGUGGCGAAGACGGCUGAGGAGAAAUACAACUUUGGUGCCAUUAUUGAGGAUGUGAACCUCGAUGAUAUCAGUGAUUCGGGCGUUCAAGCACUAUCAGAUGCCAUUUGGACGCACAAGGUCAUUAUCGUCAAGGGCCAGAAGCACAUACACCCAAGCAAGCAGUGGGAGCUUGUUACCCGUUUCGACCCAGAAGCGCCAUUGGUGCACUCCCAUGGCGACCUGGCAACCUUCAACGCGAAGGGUGGUCUUUUGUCGAAAAGCCGCGAUGUGGCAGCGAUUCCAGGGGUUGAAAAUGUCCGACUCAUCGGUAAAGGGUACCAAGGGGAAAACCACUAUGGCCUGCUCAACAAGACCAUCAAGAAGCCGCUCUCGCACGACUGGCACGAUAAGGAACUCCCGGACGACGAGUUUGCCUCCGGCCAUACCCGCUUCCAGCGGUGGCAUAUCGACGCGCCGCUGUAUGGGCGCGACCCAGCGUGGUUCACGACGCUGCGCUGCAUCAAACGUCCCACGUCGCCCGAUGUCACGAUUCAUUGGGACGACGGAAGCGGAUAUACCAUGAAAUCGGAGCCCGGACUGACUGCCUUUAUAAGCUGCACUCAGAUGUACGACCUCAUGACCGAGGAGGAAAAGCAAAUAGCGGACCACUCGUGGAUAGAGUAUGCGCCUCACCCCUACAUGUGGAUGGGCAAAUGCAGAGCCAAUGCCAAUGGUCUCGGCGUGGUCAGCCAAGGGAAGGAGUUGACGCUCGAGGAGCUGGGUGCUUAUGAAGAGGCUUCUAUCAAGAGGUAUCCAAUGGUCUGGGUGAACCCGGUCACGGGCGAAAAGGCCUUCAUGGUGCAUGGGAUAUGCGCUCGGAGGAUGUUUAUGCGGUCGAACGCGGACGAGAAGCCUGAAGUCGUUGAUGACGUUGUUCGGAUCCGGGAGUGGCUCCGACCAAUCCAAGAACGGGUGCUCAAGCCCGAGUACAUCAUGUUACCGAAGGUCGAGGAGGGAGACAUCGUCAUGUGGGCGAACUAUCAGAUGUUCCACACAGCGGUGGACUAUCCCGAUCACUUUGGACCGCGGACGAUGCACCAGGCAAACAUUGGGGCGAGUUCAGGGCCCGUGGGUCCGGUUUCUCUGCCGUUAGUUGUAUGAGAGAGACGUGGUCGACUGUUGGUAAAGCGAGAGAUCAAAGAUACUGGGUAUGGCGGGACAGUGCUACGUUGAGUAAGCUGGCGAGAU